GAUCUGAAUCUCAUCAUGCCGCCAACAACCACACCAUCAUCGCCGCCGGUGGCCAUCCUGGUCCAUGAAUCAAGUAUAAAUGGCCACCUACUAGACUAGACCAGCUAGCUAGAUAGAGUCACACUCACCAUGGGGUUCGUGUCGCUGCUGGCGGUGGCGUCGACGCCGGUGGUGGAGGUGCUCCUCCUCGCGCUCCUCGGCGCCUACCUCGCCUCCCCGCGCUGCGGCCUCCUGGCCCCCUCCGCCCGCGCCGACAUCAACCGCGUCGUCUACGCCGUCUUCACCCCGGCGCUGCUGCUCGCCAGCCUCGCCUCCACCGUCACCCUCCAGGACGCCCUCUCCUGGUGGUUCAUGCCUGUCAACAUCGGCAUCGUCUUCUUCGCCGGCGGGGUCCUCGGGUGGCUGGCGGUGCUCAUCCUCAGGCCGCCGCCGCACCUCCGCGGGCUGGUUGUUGCGUCCUGCUCCGCCGCUAACUUCGGCAACCUGCUCCUCAUCGUCAUCCCCGCGGUCUGCCGCGAGGACGGCAACCCCUUCGGCGGCGACUGCACCGGCCGCGGCCUCUCCUACGCCUCCUUCUCCAUGGCGCUCGGCGGGCUCUACAUCUGGACGCACACCAACAGCGUCAUGAAGCGGUCCAGCGAGGUAUGCCGGAGGAUGGUCGCCGACCAGGAGGCUGAGGCGGCCGAAGCUCAUGACCAUAGCAAGGACUCUGUCAGUGUCACCGUCACUGUCAGUGUCAGGCCAGAGGAGAAGGGAAAACAAGAAGAAGACGAGCCGAGCUGCCUUUCCCCACUGCCGUCGUCUUCGUCGAACCAACACCACACAGCGGCACUGGCGCCGUUGCUGUCGAGUGGCAAGAUGACGAGCAGCGACAGCCUGUGGGCGAAGCUGAAGCAGGGCGCGCACCAGAUCGCCAAGGAGCUCAUGGCGCCGCCGACCGUCGGGGCGGUUCUAGGCUUCACCGUCGGCACGGUGCCGUGGCUGAGAUCCGCCUUCAUCGGCGACAGCGCUCCGCUGCGAGUAGUCCAGGACUCCCUCAAGCUGCUCGGAGAUGGCACCAUCCCCUGUGUGAUUCUCAUCCUUGGAGGGAACCUCACCAAAGGCCUGCGCAAGACGACCAUGUCGCGGUGGGUGAUCGCGGCCAUCGUCUGCGUGCGCUACAUGAUCCUGCCGGUGGUCGGGAUCGUGGUGGUGAGGACGGCGAGGGAGCUCGGCUUCCUGCCGCCGGACCCGCUGUACCAGUAUGUGCUCAUGCUCCAGUUCGCGCUGCCGCCCGCGAUGAGCAUCAGCACCAUGGCGCAGCUCUACGACGUCGCCCAGGAGGAGUGCUCGGUCGUUUUCCUCUGGACCUACCUCGUCGCCGCCCUCGCCCUCACCGCCUGGUCCACCGUCUUCAUGUCCAUCCUUGCCCCCGCCUAGAUGCAACCCAACGUUAUACCGCAUCUCCCUUCCCCCUUGCCUUUGGGAGAGAAACAGUAUCAGCAGGAGCAGCAGCAGACAAUUGGGUUUGAGGAUGGACAAGUGGCAUGAGUAUCUAUCUAUGUAUAUACUGCUAUAUAUAAGUAGUACCACAGUAUAGGCUUGCUAGUGCUUCAUCAAUUUUGAUUGACUGCUAUAUAAAUUUUGGAAAGGAGGAA